AUGGGCUACGACAUUCAAGUCAAACAGCCCCUCGACGAGGCAGUCGAACAUGACUCGACGGUGCAGACAGGCACCAUGGAAGAUCUCAAAGGAGACCUAGACGACAACAUCCUCCGAGCACAGGGUCACGAGGCGGUAUUGAUCCGACAGUUCAGUUGGAUCGCAGCUCUCGGUCUGGGCUUUUCCAUCACGAAUUCUUGGGCAGGCUAUCUCAGCUGUUUCGGUCAGAAUCUCCAUUACGGCGGACCCUUCUCUUGCAUAUUCGGACUCAUCCUCGCAUUCUUCGCCCAAGGCACCGUGACGACAGGUCUCGCGGAGCUUGCAUCGGCGUUCCCCUCGAGCGGUGGGCAAUACCACUUUUGCUACAUUGUUGCCCCAGAGAAGUCGCGGAACUUCUUCGCCUUUGUCAUCGGAUGGAUGUCAGUCCUGGCAUGGUGGAUCGUCACCUGUUCUGGUCUUUCGCUGAUCGCAGUCACCGUCUCGGGCAUCGCCAAUUUCCGGUAUCCAUCCUUUGUCGCCUCGCAAUGGCAGAUUUACGUCAUUUAUCUGGGUGCAUGUCUCAUCACCAUCAUUCCCGUUUUCGCGAUUCCCAAGAAGCUCUCGUGGGCCACACAGUUUGGCUUGUAUUGCUCUAUCUUGGGCUGCGUGGUAUGGCUGGUCGUAUCAUCCGCUAUGCACCAAUCUACGAAUUCCUCGGCUCUAGUACAGCAAAAUCUUGGAGAUAGCGGAUGGGAUGGUGGCUUUGCAUUUGUGCUUGGGAUCGCAAAUUCCAUGUAUGCGUACGGAGGCACAGAUGGAGUGAUUCACAUCAGUGAGGAGAUCCCUCGCCCCGGCCGCAAGGUCCCUCAGCUGAUGGUCACUACCAUGCUCAUCGGUCUGCUAACAUCCAUGCCUUUGUUCAUCGUCCUCAACAUCUUUAUGACUGAUCUCGAUGCCGUGAGAACCUCGGCAUCGCCCGCCAUUGAGAUUCUCAACCAAGCGACCGGCAAUCGUGAUGUGACUACCUUUCUCUCAGUCUGGCUGCUCAUCGUCUUCAUUGCUUCACUUCCCUCCCAGUGGAUCGCGUCCGGUCGCAUUGCGUGGGCCUUUGCUCGAGAUAAUGGGUUGCCAUUGUCUAACUUCUUCUCUCACAUUGACACCAAGCUAGAAUUUCCGGUUCGGACGACCAUUGCUGCCCUCUGUUUCGCCUCACUCUAUGGCCUGCUCUAUCUCGCCAGCACGACAGCCUUCAACAGCAUUGUCACAUCUGCGGUCCUUUUUCUGAACGUCACAUACGCCGUUCCCCAGGGACUCCUCCUGUGGCAAGGUCGGUCCAAAGUCCUGCCCGGCCGCUACUUUGACCUGGGGACUUUCGGCCUUUGCUGCAAUAUCUUUGCCGUGGUCUGGACAACUUUUCUGGUCGUCAUCAUUUGCUCCCCUCCAGCAUUACCCGUGGCGGUCGGCAGCAUGAACUACACGAGUGUCGUAUUCGUGGGUUUAAGCAGCAUUGUCCUGAUUCUGUGGGUGACGUUAGGAAAGAAGAAGUUUCAAGGACCUACUAUCGACUGGGCCGCCCUGCAAGCAUCUAACGAGAUAUCCAAAUAG